CGAGAACGUCAAACAUACGUCAUACUCAUGCGGCCAACAACUGAAGCUACACAAACAUUUCUAUUAGCUAACCCUCAACACUGUGUUAACAUUUGUUAUUUUUCUGUGUUUGAUCUGUAGCUCGUUGUUGGCAGAAAUGUCCGGAAAGGCAAAGGAUAUCCUACAGAUGGACCUCUAUGGUUUACUAGGUGUUGAAAGCACUGCAACAACGAAAGAGAUUAAGAAAGCUUAUCGACAGAAAGCCUUGACAUGCCAUCCAGACAAGAACCCAGACAACCCAAAAGCAGUGGAGCUCUUCCACCAGUUGUCCCAGGCUCUCGAGGUAUUAACCGACGCCGCUGCCAAGGCUGCUUAUGAUAAGAUUUGUGCCGCAAAGAAACAAGCAGAAGAAAGAAACAAGAAACUAGAUGAUAAAAGGAAGAAAAUAAAGCUUGACUUGGAGGCCAGGGAGCGACAUGCAGAAGCUCAGAGCCAGGAGGAGGUGCAAAUCACUAGAACACUUGAAGAAGAGAUUGCCCGAUUGAGAGAGGAGGGAUCCAGGCAGCUUGAGGAGGAACAGAGGCUCAUCAGAGAGCAGAUUCAGAGAGAAAGAGAAGCGCAGCAAGCCGGAGGAUAUACUCAGAGAAACUCAGGGUUGGAGAGAUGUUCCAAGAGCAAUGUGACCCCAAAAUUAAAGUUGAAGUGGAAGUGUAAAAAGGAUGAUGAGACGAAUGGAGGCUACUCUCAGGACGUUCUAUUUAGACUUCUUCAAAAGUAUGGGGAUGUUUUGAAUGUGAUUGUAUCGAGUAAGAAGAAAGGAAGCGCUGUGGUUGAAUUUGCAACUGUGAGAGCAGCUGAGCUGGCAGUUAAGAAUGAAAGUGGCCUGAGUGAAAACCUCUUGAAGAUUUCGUGGCUUGAAGGACAGCCUGAGAUUAUUGCUCCAGCAUCUCAACCUGGCCAGUUCACGUCUUCACAGAGCUCCCUGACAAAUGAGCGCGACUAUGAGAGCGUGGUGAUGAUGAGGAUGAGGCAGGCUGCUGAGCGACAGAGACUCAUAGAACAAAUGCAGAGAGAAGAUGAAGAGGAUGCUGCUGGGUCAUAGCACAGCAGGUGCCGGCUCUGUACCAGCCUGCAACUGUUAAACGAAUACCUGCCUCAGGCUUUAGUUCCAUAAAGCCUCUUAAGUGUUUUGUUAUUUUUUGUAUGUAAGGCAAAAUAAAUCUUUUUAAUAACUGUA